AUGCCACGUCGGCACGGCUCUCCUUUUAAGGCGUCACAAGAGUCUCUGAAUAUGAGCGCAGGGUCGAAGUCCAGUGCUUUAACCGCUGAUCAGUUUUAUCAAGAUAUAUCACAUAGAAAUCACGUCGUUAGUAAAACAUCUCUGAUCCAUCAAGCAGGACACUUCGAAACAUGUUCAGGGCGGGAGAUCAUCAAAGAUGCUAUUCAUGGACACAUUAAAUUACCUGCCCUCUGUGUCCGAAUCAUUGACACGCCGCAGUUUCAGAGACUCAGGUUUCUGAAGCAGCUAGGUACGACCUCUUUCGUGUAUCCUGCGGCAUCUCACAACCGCUUCGAACACUGUCUCGGGACAUGUUAUCUGGCGGGGAAGAUGGUGAAUGCCCUUCGAAGCCGCCAGGAGGAACUCGAAAUAACUAAGGCGGACGUUUUGUGUGUUCAGAUCGCGGGCCUCUGCCAUGACCUCGGCCACGGCGCCUUCAGCCACGUCUUCGAGACGUUCAUGAAGGAAUCCGGGAAGAAGGAAUCCGGAAAGAGGUUCAAGCAUGAAGAGAUGUCCUGUAAGAUGUUCGACCACCUCCUCAGCGAGAACAACAUCAUGCAGGAUUUUAGAAGAGCAGGGCUGGACGAGAAAGACGUUCGGUUUAUCAAGGAUCUCAUCGUUGGAGCAAAGCCUUCAGUUGAAGAAAACGGGAGAACAGCAGCCAAGGCUUUCCUUUUCGAGAUCGUGAACAACAAGAGGACGGGCGCCGACGUGGACAAGUGGGACUACUUCCUCAGGGACUGCCACGCGAUGUUCUUGUGGAGACAGAAAACAAGGUCGCAGGGAAAGGUCAGGGAGAAAGUAAGUCGGGUCACGGUCGUCCUCUGCCCUCAGGUGACCUUCGAGUACGAGAGGCUGGUUCACUUCUCCAGGGCGGCCGAGGUCGAGGGCGAGUGGCAGAUCGUCUUCAAGGAGUCGGAGGCGGAGAACCUGUACGAGAUGAACCACGCCAGGAUGAUGCUGCACAAGAAGGCCUACCAGCACCGCGUCGUCAAGAUCAUCGACCGAAUGCUAGUGGACGCCCUUCUAGAGGCUGACAAGUAUGAGGACAGAAAUGGACAAAGCUUCAAGUUGAGCGAAGUGUGCAACGACUUGGCGGCCUACACUUACCUCACCGAUGACGUCAUGUACCAGAUUCUGCGGAUGCCUUCCGGGUCCCCUCAUCUCGAGAAAGCCAAGUUGAUCCUGCAAAACAUUCUUACAAGGAACUUAUACUCUUACGUCGGGGAAUUUACCGAGGCGGAUGUGAUCGAUGUGGAGAAGACAAAGCAGACACUCAUGAACACGUUCCCCGGCGCAGAGUGCCUGGAAAAGAGAGUCAAAUUUGGCAGCGAGAAUGGAAAUCCUUUGGCAAAGCAGCAUUUCUACCGCAGGGGAAAUAGGGGGGGAUUCAUAACUCUGAGGCCGGAACAGGUCUCUAGAAUGCUUCCAAGAGAGUUCGAGGAUGUCAAAUUUUACGUCAUUACAAAGGACUACAGGGCGGAACAAGAUACUUCGACGAAGAUAAAGAAGGAACAGAUCGCGGAGUUUCUCGAGAAAGAAAAAAUGGAAAAGGAAGAAAAAAUGGAAAAGGAAGAAAAAAUGGAAAAGUAAGAAAGAAUGAUGAGACACUAAAUUCCCUUAUUCGUGGAAAGAAAAUACGUUUAGUAUAGAUCCCGAUGUCUAUUUUGCCCAGUGCCAAUGUACACCUGAAACACAAA